AUGUUUGAGACUGAUAUCCCUAAUGAGGAAAAUCUGAAAAGCCCGAUAUCAAGUAUAAAGCCAAAAUUCAGAUCAAUUCAUAAAACUCAAGAUGACAAUGAUGAAGUAAAUGAAAAUAUCUAAAAUGCACAACAUCAAUUAGAACUGUCCAGAUCAUUGAAUGUUAAAGAUGUUAUUGGUGUAAUCAGAGUAUAGACGAAAAUAAAUAGAUGGGUUGGUAUUUAGAUUAGGCAUCCUUAUAUAACAUGUGGAUGGUUACUAUCUGAAGUAAUACGUAAAUUUAGUCAAUUGGAAUUAAACUAUGAUCCCUUUGAUAUUGUUGGAUUUACAACCCAUAACAUUCACUUAGAUUACCAAUUAAGUUGCUUACAUUUAAUUUUACCAAACUUAAAUGGGACAUUGCUUGUUCCAUUAAUAAGAAAAGGAUUGAAAGAACCAAUUAAUAUAGAGUGGUUUGAAAUAAUAAAAAAAAUAGGAGCUGGUAGUUUUUCUGUUGUGUAUUUGGUUAGAAAUAAGGAAAAUGGAUAAUUUUAUGCCAUGAAGGUUACAGAUAAACAAUUGAUGAUGGAAAACAAAAAGGAGGAAUUAAUUAUUAAUGAGAAAGAGAUUCUUAUUUAAUUGAAUCACAGAAGAAUUAUUAAUUUGCAUGCCUCAUUUUAGUCUAAAACCAAAUUAUAUUUUGUAUUCGAUUAUUGUCCUGGUGGUGAAUUAUUUUAUCAUUUGAGAAAUUAGAAAAGAUUUAACGAGGAGUAAGCUAAAUGGCUAUUUUUAUAAAUAGUAGAUGGCAUUCAAUAUCUGCAUUCUAAGAAUAUUAUCUAUAGAGACUUAAAACCAGAGAAUAUUUUAAUAGAUUUGGAUGGUUAUCCAAAAUUAGUGGAUUUUGGAUUGAGUAAAAUUGUUGAGGAUCAAGAAGAUCUAAAUUUUUCAUUCUGUGGAUCUUUAGAGUAUAUGGCCCCUGAGAUGCUAGAAUUGAAGGGACAUAACUACUCAUUAGAUUAUUAUCAAUUAGGCAUCUUACUGUAUGAGAUGGUUGCUGGGAUUCCUCCUUUUUUUGCCAAAACUAGACAAGAGAUGGUGAAAAAUAUUUUGACAAAAAAAAUCAAUUUUCCUAGUUUCUUUUCAAAAAAUUUAGUUGAUCUAAUUUCUAAUUUAUGCAAUAAAAAUGUUGAAGAGAGAUUAUGUGGAAAAAAAAUCUUAUAACAUCCUUGGGUUUCGGGGUUCAUUAAGAAGAUGCCAAUCAAGUACAAACUAGACUGUUUCCACAUUGAUAAGUUAUUUAUCACCUAAUAGUCUUUGAACAUUGAGAGUGGACCCAGAUGCAUAGUUGAAGAAUAUAAUCUGUAGACAAUGUCACAAUCGGUUAAAGAUGAGGAAUGGCACUCUUUCGAAAAAUUUUAAACUUUUUACUACAAAAAACAAUGA